CGCGCGCAGCGUCAUGCACAUGGGCAGGCUGCAUUAACGAAGGUGUGUGGAGGAGGCGAAGCAGCUGCUGAGGAGCGAAGAAGAGAGUCAGCACAUUCUCCUUGCACUUUGUGGAAGAAACUCGACUGCAUGAACUACCAGUGAUCCACCAAACAUCUGAAUUCACCUAUACACCUAUACUACAAGGCGGACGGCAUCAAAGUAAAAUAAUGGAAGCGCAGACUGCCAGUGAACCAUCCAGAUCAGGAUUUGUCCUGGCUGACUACGCUGUCUUUGCCACCAUGUUGUUAGUCUCUAUGGCCAUAGGACUCUUCCAGGCCCUACACAAGAGGCCAAGAAACGCCAGUGUUGAUGACUUCUUCACCGGUGGUCGGAGCAUGCCGGCAGUGCCUGUUGGGCUGUCGCUCUGUGCCAGUUUUAUGUCAGCAGUCCAGGUUCUGGGUGUUCCCGCUGAGGCUUCCCGCUAUGGCUUUAAAUUCCUCUACAUGUGCCUCGGACAAAGCAUCAACUCCCUGCUGACAGCUUACCUCUUCCUGCCAGUUUUCUUUCGACUGGGCAUCACCAGCACCAAUCAGUAUCUGAAGAUGAGAUUUGGCAGAGGGAUGCAGCUGUUGGGGAGUAUCCAGUUUCUUGUGGCGACGCUGCUUUACACAGGGAUUGUCAUCUAUGCACCAGCCUUGAUCCUCAACCAAGCCACUGGACUCAAUAUGUGGGUGUCUUUGUUUUCUACUGGGAUCAUUUGCACCCUGUACACCACACUGGGUGGCAUGAAAGCUGUGAUCUGGACCGAUGUAUUCCAGAUCAUUGUCAUGUUGUCCGGUUUUGUGGCCAUUUUAAUCCAAGGCACGGUUCUGGUCGGUGGUCCUGCACUGGUGCUGGAGAUCGCCAAGAAUGGAUCGCGCAUUAAUUUUAAUGAUUUUGAUGUUGACCCACGGCGGCGCUAUACCUUCUGGAGCCUCUCUGUCGGGGGUGCAUUUGUUUGGCUGUCCAUGUACAGUGUAAACCAAGCUCAAGUGCAGCGGUACAUCUCCUGCAGAACACAGAGAGAUGCCCAGUGGGCUCUGUUUGUGAACCAAGUGGGUCUGUGCUUCAUUGUGAGCAGUGCAGCAACCUGCGGCAUCGUCAUGUUUGCAUACUACAUAAACUGCGAUCCACUGAAGUCUGGACUAAUAUCUGCUCCUGAUCUGUAUAUGCCAUACUUUGUGCUGGACAUAUUCAGAGGUCACGCAGGCUUUCCGGGUCUUUUCCUUGCCUGUGCAUACAGCGGGACUCUGAGCACAGCCUCCACAAGUAUCAACGCCAUGGCUGCAGUAACCAUGGAGGAUCUGCUGCGACCUCAUCUAGUUCACAUGACCCAGAAGAAACUGAUCCUUCUUUCCAAAGGACUGUCUUUCCUGUAUGGAGUUGGUUGUAUCACCGUAGCUGCUCUCUCCUCUCUCCUGGACUGGGGAGUUCUGCAGGGAUCAUUCACUGUUAUGGGUGUAGUCAGUGGUCCAUUACUGGGUGUAUUCAUUUUGGGGAUGUUUGUUCCAGCAGCAAACAAGCUGGGGGCGUACUCUGGAAUAUUAGCGGGCUUUUGUGUCUCUCUGUGGCUUGCUGUCGGUUCGACCCUUUACCCGCCCAGUGAGGAGACGAUGGGUGUCUUGCCCAGCUACACGGACGAGUGUCAACAUGGCAACGUCACCCUGAACAGCAGCCCUAACAAGGACCAGCACUCCAUCUCCACCCCACUUCGCCCCAAUAAUGAGGGGGGCCUGCUGAACUUCUACUCCAUGUCCUACCUCUACUUUGGUGCCAUGGCAACUAGUUCAGUUGUACUAGUUGGGCUGAUAGUGAGUUAUGCAACAGGGCCAACAAAGAGGAGUCAUAUUAAAGAGGGUUUAUUGUGGUGGGACCUGAACAAAAAGCAAGUGGAGGUCCCAUCAGUGCGCAGAACUGGAACAAUGUCCAGGAUGUUUCCCUGUCUUCUGCACAAUUCAUGCUCGGAUACACUGCAGCCACCUGGGAACCUGAAUAGGAAUAACUGGGGAGACAAGACGACAGUUAAACCACAGCUUGUGCCUUUGAGGAGUCUGCCCAGAGAUGACGCAAAUGAAAAACAGCUGACAGAUGAGGAGGAUAUGAAAUCACCACUCCGAGUGUAGAUGCUGGACAACUGAAGACUUUUACUCCAAAUAGCACCAAUGACAGUGGAAUUUCCUCUCUAGUAGAAGUAAUCAUUUAUAGUUGUAUAUAGUUAUAGUUCAAUUCAACACUUUACUUCUGCCCCACAUUUGGAGCAUUUUCAAUAAUGUAUGCUUUAAAACGCCCUUUAAUAUUGUGCUGAGGAACAUAUGGACUGUAAUCAAAUACCCUCAGGUAUGUUGACAGACUCUUUCAUCAAGACAUUCAUUCUGGUAUGUUCCAUAUCUGUAACAAUGCACAUCUGUACUUAGACCAGUGUAAAUGGAUAUGUGAUAGGCAGCUUGAGCUAAAGUGAGUCUGGUGUGUGUGUGUGUGUGUGUGUGUGUGUGUGUGUGUGUGUGUGUGUGUGUGUGUGAGUGUGUGUGUGUCUUCUUUCCUUGUUCUCCUCUAUGUGAUCAUAUCUGUACAUUAUAUUUGUUAUUGAAAUGAACCUAAAGCCUCCUCUUUGUG